GUUGAUUUUAGCUCAGCUGCGGCUGGGCUGGGCUGGGCUGACGCGGGUAGAAUGGCUUCUUUAGAGGAACCGCCCCUGAACAUGACAGCUGCCCGAGAAGGAGACGUGAAAAGAUCACAACAACUCGGAUUGAAUAAUUCCUCUUGAAAACUCACUGGUGCCUGCAAAGACUGUAGGUCUUGGUCAGAAACAUUUUAAUCGCAAUCGAAUCCGGGAACUGAAAACUGAACGGUGUGGAGGGUGCGCCCUGCUGACCGCCCAGUAUUACGCCGCAGGAAGUACUGGAUCAGGCACACUGCAGGUCUCCAGCAAACCCGUCGGCCCUGCAUGUAACUUUGGUUUCAUCUCGCUCUUCCUAACUUAGUAAGGAAAGGUGCCAUUAUGCUGGUAAGAUUGCAGGGAAGGUUUAUAAGGAUGUUGCCAGGACUCUGGGGACUAAAUUAUGAAGAAAGGUUGAGCAUGCUGAGACUUUUCACUGGACCAUGAUUGUACCUGACAAAGUGCAUUCAUUUUCAUUUUACCUGCAUAGCAGACUAACAGAUGGCGCAGUGUGUGACUAAAGUUGAAUUAAGCAUUUCUUGUGAGAAUCUCUUGAAUGAAGAUGUUGGCUCCAAAUCUGAUCCAUUGUGUGUGUUCUUCAUAAGUACUGGUGAAAAUCAGUGGGCUGAGAUUGAUCGCACAGAACGAAUUAAGAAUUGUCUUUCUCCAAAGUUCUCUAAGAAGUUUGUGGUUGAUUAUUACUUUGAGCAAGUUCAAAAAUUGAAGUUUGGAAUUUAUGAUAUUGAUAACAAAACAGUUGACUUGAGUGAUGAUGAUUUCUUAGGAUAUUUUGAAUGCACUCUUGGACAGAUUGUCUCCAGCAAGAGACUGAUGCGACCACUCCUGCUGAAAAAUGGGAAGCUUGCAGGGAAAGGAAUGAUCUCGAUUUUGGCAGAAGAAAUCAAAGACAACAGCGUUAUAAACUUACAAGUUCACGCACAGAAUCUGGAUAAUAAGGAUCUCUUUGGGAAAUCAGACCCUUAUUUGGAGAUCUACAAACAGACACCAGAUGGAAAGUGGCAACUAGCACAUAGAACAGAGGUAAUUAAAAACAACCUGAAUCCCAGUUGGAAGGCAUUCCGAAUUGCUUUGCAUUCCCUCUGUUACGGUGAUUUGCAGAAGCCAGUCAAGGUGGAAUGCUAUGAUUAUGAUAAUGAUGGAUCCCAUGAUUUAAUCGGAGCAUUCGAAACCACUGUUGCCAAAAUCCAAGAAGCAGCACGGAGUGGAGCUGCAUUUGAAUGCAUAAAUCCAAAGAAAAAACAGAAGAAAAAAAAUUAUAAAAAUUCGGGGACUGUGAUUAUUAAAUCAUGUGAGAUUGUGAAAGAAUAUUCUUUCCUGGACUAUGUUAUGGGUGGCUGCCAGGUGAACUUUACUGUUGGCAUUGAUUUCACUGGCUCCAAUGGUGACCCUCGUUCUCCUGAUUCUCUACAUUAUAUAAGUCCUAAUGGGUAUAAUGAAUAUCUGAUGGCAAUCUGGUCUGUUGGAAUGGUUGUUCAAGACUAUGACACUGACAAGAUGUUCCCAGUAUUAGGAUUUGGUGCACAGAUACCCCCUAACUGGCAGGUAUCACAUGAAUUUUCAGUUAAUUUCAACCCUGAGAACCCAUACUGUGCAGGAGUACAAGGAAUUGUGGAUGCCUACCGCAGUUGCCUUCCUCAAGUCAGACUAUAUGGACCAACAAACUUUUCCCCCAUUAUAAAGCAUGUAGCAAAAUUUGCAGCUGCAGCAACACACCAGCCAACUGCGUCGCAAUAUUACAUCUUGCUGAUCAUUACAGACGGAGUUAUAACAGAUUUAGAUGAAACAAGACAUGCCAUUGUAAAUGCUUCUAAGCUGCCAAUAUCUAUUAUCAUUAUUGGUGUUGGUGGGGCUGAUUUUAGUGCCAUGGAGUUUCUGGAUGGUGAUGAUGGAGUUCUGAAAUCACCCACUGGAGAACCAGCUAUCAGAGAUAUUGUCCAAUUUGUACCAUUUAGGAAAUUCCAGAACGCUGCUAAAGAAGCUCUUGCACAAAGUGUACUGGCUGAAGUGCCUCGACAAGUGACAUGUUACUUUAACAUGCGCAAAAUCCCUCCUCCAAAUGAUCGAAAGCUGGUAAAUGAACCAAAGCCAGUGAAUGAACCAAAGCCAGUGAAUGAACCAAAGCCAGUGAAUGAACCAAAGCCGGUGAAUGAACCAAAGCCAGUGAAUGAACCAAAGCCGGAAAGUGAGCUGAAACUUGAAGACUUGCUGGAUUUCUAGCUGAUGGGGAAAGUCAAAGUUUAACAAGCUGUUCUUCUGUACAGCAAAGAAUUAUUUUCCUCCUUUUUCCCAAAGUUGCUCUGUUAAUUUGGCCUGAUAAUACAAGUCAUAGGUGUGUGUCUUUCUGUGCACAAGAUCAAGAGAGGGGGCCAAAUUAAGCAAUGGUGUUGCUGUAUGCAUUGUACAGAAUUGUAGAUUACUUGGCAUCUGUUAGUCUGAGCAUUCCUAAUUUAAAGUAACACUCGAUUGGUACUUCUACUUAUGAUGACUACAAGAAGUAGUGGAUAUUAUAUGAAGCUAGAAGUUUUGGCUGAUUGGAUCUUAAGCACUCAUACUUUGAAUAUUUUCAAAACUGUAAAGUUGCCAAUUAUAGGUAAAACUGUAAUAACUGUAAAGUGCCAAUUACACUUGGGCUGUUAGUUUUGAUCGGCUGUAUUAUCAAGUUAAUGUUCUUACUGGUUCAUUUACGUGAGUAACAUCCCUGAUUUAAACUGUAUUGAUUAUGUCAGCCACCUUAUUUCUAGUAGGCUGAAGUGAGUCGCUUUGACAAUGGUAUAAUGGUAGACAGCAUUGAUAUAAUUUAAAAAGAAAGGCAUUGGAGAGAAAUUAAGAACAACUUGCCAUGCUGAUUUUACAUAAUUUCUGGGUUGCUCUAACAAUUCGAUCUAUAGUAUAAAUUACACAAGUUGACUACACCAGUGGCCUGCUGGUGCAAUCAACUUGUCACUGGAACAGCUUCCUGCAGGUGUAACCACAAAAAGGCAGUUCAUCAUGAAAAAGAAAACGGAAGGAGAAGGAAAGAAACAUUUUUCUCUUUAAAGCUUGCUGUCAAAUUACUAUCUAUUACGGUGGAUUUCUGUUGAUUUGCUCAUCUGGGCAUGCUCUGCAUAAUUCUUCAGUACUAAGUAUUUUGUAUUUUUCUUUAAAAAGCUGUUUCUUCAUUUUAUAUCAUACUUUGAACCAAAUAAUCAGAUUUAAUUAUGCAACAAGAAUUUGCUGCUUCAACUUUGUAGAUGAACUUUUGCUUUGUAUUGUGCUCUUGCAGUUUUAAUUUUUCACUAACAUUCAGUACAAAUAUCUGUAUGUAACAAUGAAAUGCAAAUGUGUGAUAUAUAGAAUGAAAAGACAUCAAAUACUUGGCCAAAAUUGCCUAGGAUUAUAUCCGGAAAAGAAAAUUGUUCAUGAGACUCUGUAAACAAUGCAUGUUCUUAUCGCUCUGCAAUAAAAAAAAGCUUAA